AUGGAAUUAAAUUUGACUGUGCCAAGCUCUUCUAUUCCACGCACAAUAAGCUCAACUUCUGCCACUCCUAAUACAAAAUCGCCUGGGUUCCCAAUCGGUAAUGUAACUUUCCUAGCCGGAACAUUGUCCGGCACCAAGUCAGGACUUUUCACCAGUCAGUAUUUUUCUACAAGCUUCAUUCUCUCUGGAACUACCAUCAUCUCUAACUCCACGGGGAUCUCUUCUGUGAUGAUCGAGUCAACUUCCAUGUCCAAAGCACCAGAAGCAACUAUCUUAUGGGCAACUUCCGUAUCUAUUAGCACAAUUCAAGUCAGUGUAUCCAAGAGUAGUAAUAGUGGUAAACCAUCUAUUUCCCUCUCGUCAUCACCACGAACUACUUCUGCCGCCGCACCUGUUCGCUCUUCAACAAUUACUGUUCCAUCAAGUCAUGUUGCAUCCACAACCACACCAGCUAUUGAAACCACUACUUCGAUCAAUAUGUUUUAA